AUGGAGGGGGGCUUCAGCAAGGCUCUUCUGAUGAAAAAAGAAAAUGGACAACAGGUCAUUGCCAAGAUUCCCUGCCGCAUUGCCGGUCCGGCGUGCUUAACAACAGCGUCUGAAGUUGGCGUUUUAGAAUACAUUCGAAAACAUACAAGCAUCCCCGUUCCACGCGUUCUCUCGUCGUCCUCGGACAGCUCGAACCCUGUAGGUGCCGAGUACAUAGUCAUGGAGAAAGCCGCCGGGGUUCCACUGUUUCAACGAUGGGCCGACAUGGCGGAAAUUGACCAGUUGGAACUCAUAAAGAACUUGACGAAGCUUGAGGCCCAAUUAUCGUCUAUCCAAUUUCCCGCGUAUGGUGGUCUAUACCUUCGAGCAGAUACAGGCGCCCAGCAAUCCACUUAUCAAAUGCUCAAUGAGAGUAUUGAUCCGUCACACACGUUUUGUAUUGGCCCUUCUUGUGAUCGUUCAUUUCAUGUUGAUCGGGACACAGAUCUCGGACAGUCAAAAGGGCACUUCAACCAAGGACCAUGGAACACGAUAUCAGAUGUUGGGAUAUCUAUCGCAAAGCGGGAGCUAACCCGGCUAUCGAGCGAGCGCUUGGAUAGGCCACCAACCUUCUAUCAAGGAAGUGUUGAAGAACAGGCCCAACUUUUACAAUCCACAAUCACCCUCAUGCCCAUGUUGGAUUCCCAUCCAACUCUAGUCAAGUCGAGCCGGCCUAUAUUGUGGCACACCGAUUUACACAUGGGAAAUAUAUACGUUGCGCCAGAUGAAAGCUCGCAGAUCGUAUCUGUAAUUGAUUUUAAAUCUCUAUCAGUGUUGCCUGCAUUUCUUCAGGCACAGUGGCCCAUAUUUUUGAAGCCCCCGCAAAAUUACCCGAAAGGGUUUGUUCAACCAAAACUUCCUGACAAGUUGGACGAACUGGAUGAAGAAAGUAAAUCCCUUGCUCAACAGGAAUGGUCCCAGGCAAAGUUGGCAAAGGCAUACGAAGUUUCAACCUACCUUGAAGACAGAUUUGCCUAUGAUGCUAUGAAUGUGCCGCGUGUCUUUCGAGAGCUUUUUAUUCGGUGUGCAGAGGUCUCCGAGGUUGGAGUUGUUCCACUGCGAGCGUGCCUAAUAGAGAUCUUUCAGAAUUGGUCGGGCCUGGGAUUUACUGGACAAUGUCCUCUCUCCUUUACUGAAGAGGAAAUCAAUACACACGAGCGCCACUUUGCCGAAUAUGAAGCUUGGCAUGAAGUCCAGCGCCUUGCGUGGGAAUGUCUAGACACUGACGCUGAGGGGUGGAUUGCGCCUCAACUAGAUAUUACCGAAAAACAAAGACAGAACCGCGAAUUGCUGUCUAUGUUCCUCGAGCGGAUGGCUGGAGAAAAGUCGCCAGAGGAAGCGAGGAAAAUGUGGCCAUUUCUGGAUGAAGCAUGA